AUGGCAGACGAAAAGAAGGCGCCCACAGCCGGCUCCGGCUCCGGCACCGACUCACCACCCCCUGAACAUGGAGCCGCCCUCGACCAAAAGUACACCAUGAAGCAGCACUGGAAAUGCCUCGCCGCCUGCACCUUGAUGUCCAUGUGCCCGUUCCAGUACGGACUCGACUUUGGCCUGAUAGGCGGUUUGCAAGCCAUGAUCGGUUUCUUGCGGGUAUUCGGCUACUCCGACCCCUCCCUCCCAGGCGGGUGGAACAUUUCCACCGAACGGCAACAGCUCAUCUCCUCUUUGAUGACCCUCGGCGCCUUCCUCUCCUCCUCCCUCGCCGGUCCAAUCGCAACCGUCAUGGGCCGCAAGAUGACCGUCUGGCUCGCCAGCAUCCUCUGCGUGGUCUCCAACAUCGUCAUGAUGGCGACCACCGACAUUGGCGGGCUGUACGCGGGCCGUCUGCUGCUUGGGUUGGCCAAUGGCAUGUUCAUGACGUUUUCCCAGUUGUAUAUCCAGGAAUGCUCCCCAGCCCGGUACCGCGGGCUCAUGAUAUCCUCCUUCCAAGUUUGGACCUCCGUCGGCACCCUCGUAGGCACCGUCGUCGACAACUUCACCGCGCCCAUCGACGGGCGGGAGGCAUACCUGAUCCCCUUGGGACUAAUCUACAUCAUCCCCGUGCUCAUGUCAUUAGGGCUCUUUUUCGUCCCUGAAUCCCCCCGCUGGCUGAUGCAGCACGGCCGGACGGAACAGGCGCGCAAGGCGCUGCGGUGGCUGCGGCCGUACCCGGAUGCCGCCGUUGACGAGGAGCUAGACGACAUCAAGGUUGCGCUGGAGUCUGAGUCUGCCCAUAUGAAGAGCGUGGCUGUGUGGGAUAUGUUCCGGGACCCUGUCGACCGCCGCCGGACGAUCUUGGCUACGUGCGCCUUGACGGUGCAGGGCGCGUCAGGGGCUAUGUAUAUGAUUGCAUACGGCACAUAUUUCUUCCAAAUGGCCGGCAUCGGCGACGCAUUCCAGAACUCCUGCAUCCUGAUCUCCGUUGGGGUGGUCGCAAUUCUCAUCAACAGUGCCCUCGUCACCCACUUCGGCCGGCGCCGUGUCUUCCUCGUCAGCGGCCUGCUGCUCUGUGGUCUUGCCCAGCUCCUAACAGCCGUGAUAUACACCGUGAGCCCUGGCACAAAGUCCACGGGACAAGCAAUUGUCGGUCUGUCGGUGCUGUAUAUCCUAGGUUACAACGGUAUGGUCGCCACAUAUGCCUGGAUUUCGGGCGGUGAACUGCCGUCCCAGCGUCUGCGCUCCUACACCUUUGGUUUUGCCACCGCCAUUGGUUUCUUUGCAGCCUGGCUGGCCACAUUCACCGCCCCGUACUUUAUCAAUCCCGAGUCCCUCAACUGGGGGCCCAAGUACGGCUACAUCUGGACUCCAUCUUGCUGGCUGGCCGCCGCUUGGGUCUAUUUCUUCCUGCCUGAGGUCAAGGACCGCACGUUGGAAGAGAUUGAUGAGAUGUUUGAGGCACGCCUGCCUGCGAGAAAGUUCCGCAAGCAUGUUUGCAUUGGCCGGCCGGAGGUGGCGGCCGCUGAAAUACCUAGCUCAGAAGAAAAAGACGCCGAGGUUAUUCACGCUGAAGAAGUGAAGGCUUAG